AUGCAUAAUGUGCACGCCCUAUGGGAAUGGGAAAAUGGAACUGUUCAGGUUAUUGAACUUCCUUCGUCAUUUCAUGAGGAUUGCGUUGGUGCAGUUAAUGGAGAAUUGUAUAGCGCUCUUCAAUCUGUAAAGAACACUCCUUCUGGCAUUAAAUUUUCUGAAGCGACGACAACAAAAACAUGUGGAGGAGGCAAGGAGGCAGAUGGAUCUUUUCGACCUGUAGGAAAACCUCAAGUGCCUCGAGGUGGAUCUGAUGGAAGGAUAUGA